AUGGGGAAGAGUAGUUCGGUUCGCUCCCAAAGCUCCAGUAAGAGACAGUACAAGGGAGUGAGGAGGAGGAGCUGGGGAUCCUGGGUCUCAGAGAUCAGAGCACCACAUCAGAAAACCAGGAUAUGGCUCGGCUCUUACUCCACACCGGAGGCCGCGGCGAGGGCUUACGAUGCAGCUCUGCUCUGUGUCAGAGGCUCAUCUGCCGCUCUGAACUUCCCGGCCUCCCUUCCCCCUCACCACUUUCCUGCCACUGUCAUGUCGCCGAAGUCUAUCCAAAGAGUUGCUGCUGCAGCAGCUGCCAAUGCUAACAUUGCGGGUUCACUUUCUUCUACCAAUCCAUCACCUCCUCUUCCUUCGCCUUCUCGAUCACUUGAUGCCGAUGAAGAUCAGCAUCCUCUAAUGGCAAGCUCAACUACUUCAACCGCAAAUGAAAAGACGGAUGAUGAAGCUUUUAUUGGACUUGGAACCUUCCAAUCACCAAAGUUCACAGAUGAGAUGAUCAACCAACUGAUCUAUUCCUGGGAGGAGUGUGAGGAGGAGAUUGAUGACUUCAACCUGUGGAGCUUCUUCUAGGAAAAUACUUGUAGGUUCAUCCAAUUUUUUGCUUCUAUUCGUGUUAUGAACACCAAAUUGCCCUUAGUUAAUCUAUCUACUAGAUAGCAGGCAGCUGUAAAACUUUGUUCUUGAUGUAUUAUACAACAGUCAUUUCUGCAA